AUGAAUAAGCAAGUUAAGUUUAUUGCUUCGCAUGGUUUAGAAACCAUAAUAACAAGGGAUAAGGAAGUUAGUUACGAGGGAAUAAUUUUCAAUAGAUGUACGACUUCCCCUCUCUCUCACGCCCGCCAGACCUCACUCGACGUCCUCAUACCGCCCCUCGCCGCCGAAGCCUCCAGAAAGGCCAUAGCCGACUGGGGCCAACCCAUCUCCUCAAUCACCCACCUCGUCGUCUGCAACAGCUCCGGCGCCUCGAUGCCGCGGGCCGACUACGAGCUCGUCAAGCUCCGCCUCCCCUUGUCCACCAAGAGGUUCAUGCUGUACCAGCAAGGCUGCUUCGGCGGGGGCAGCGUUCUUCGCCUCGCGAAGGACCUCGCCGAGAACAAGGCGUGCCCGUGUGCUCGUGUCUGCUCGGAGCCGAUCGUUAACGGCUUUCGGCCGUGUGAGGAUCACAUUCAGAACCUGGUCGUGCAAGUGCUGUUUGGCGACGGUGCUGCCGCGGUGGUCGUCGGGGCGGAUCCGCGGCCGGGUGUUGAGACUCCGUUGUUUGAGAUCGUGUCUACUUACCAGAAUAUAAUAGCAGGAUCAGAGGGAACGAUAGAGGGAAAACUGAGGGAGGCCGGACUCAUGAUCAGCCUGCAACCAGAGAUCCCCUUACACAUCGCCGGAAGCAUUGGGAAGAUCGUCAAGGAAGCCCUCAAACCGAUCAAACUGACACCCACGGCAACAGAUAGAUCCGUGACUCCUCCCGAGAUUUUAUCGAAACUACCCGAAGGCUACGAUGAAAUCGUGAAAGAGGCAAUGGGGAGCAUAGGGAGCACCGCUGUUAAUGAUGUGUUUUGGAUAGUGCACCCAGGGGGGAGAGCGAUAAUGGAUGCGGUGGAGAUGGUGUUGGGUCUGAACAAGGAGAAGCUUGAGGCGACGAGGGAGGUGCUGAGGGAGUAUGGGAACAUGUCGAGUGCUUCAGUGUUGUUUGUGAUGGAGACUAUGAGGAGGAGGUCGGAGAAGAUGAAGAUGGCCACUGCCGGUGAGGGCUUGGAGUGGGGUUUGCUUAUUGGGAUGGGACCUGGGAUUACUGUUGAGACCGUUGUGCUCCGAUGCCCAUAGAGGCUAUACAUUAAUUGCAGAUAACUCUCUUUCCUUAUGAAUCCGGUGGUGUUAAGUGCUAUUAAAAUAGUUAAAAGUGAUAUGGACAAGGAGGUUACCUGCAAUAUUUAUCCUAUUCGUAAUGCGUGCGCCAGGUUCCUAAUCAAGUAUAAAGGGUGCCUACAUAUGGAAUAAGAUGUAUACCUACAUGGUUGAUUUGCAUAAUUUGUGGGAGCUCAUGUAUUCAACCCAAGGAGUGUGUGAGCUUAUGUUUGAGUUUUGCAUGUGUGGCUUGUAUGCUACGUAAAAUUGAAGUUGUAUUUUUCUUAGAUUUGAGAGUUCCAAAAGUGGAUGUAACUAUUUAGCCAGCAAAAAUGGCUUAUGUAUAUGGAUGCACGUGCAAUACACGUGGUUAAAUGUUAUAAUUAUUUCUUUUUA